GAAUACUUCCAUAUUGGCCAAUUCCAAGCUAUCAGUGAGAGGUCACCAAACACGGAGUUGGGAAGAAAUGUGCAGUAGCACUCCAUUCUGCAGUAUUUUCACCGUAGAGAUACAAUGGACAUAAAUAACUACAAGAACACAGGGACUCCACGUACCCCAGCUGGGUCUCAUUGUUCCAGAACUGCAUUAGUUAAGAUUACCCAAACUUGGAUUUCAAAGGAAUACUUUCAUUGUUCCAUCUGUAACACGAAGUAAUUGGGGCCAGCUGGAUGUCAGGAUGCGUGUGGUUACCAUUGUAAUCUUGCUCUGCUUUUGCAAAGCUGCUGAGCUGCGCAAAGCAAGCUCAAGCACUGUGAGAAGCCGAGUGAAUCAUGGCCGGGCGGGUGGAGGCCGGAGAGACUCCAACCCGGUCAAACGCUAUGCACCAAGCCUCCCGUGUGACGUGUACACAUAUCUCCAUGAGAAAUACUUAGAUUGUCAAGAAAGAAAAUUAGUUUAUGUGCUGCCUGGUUGGCCUCAGGAUUUGCUGCACAUGCUGCUAGCAAGAAACAAGAUCCGCAUAUUGAAGAGCAACAUGUUUUCCAAGUUUAAAAAGCUGAAAAGCCUGGAUCUGCAGCAGAAUGAGAUCUCUAAAAUUGAGAGUGAGGCGUUCUUUGGUUUAAACAAACUCACCACCCUCUUACUGCAGCACAACCAGAUCAAAGUCUUGACGGAGGAAGUGUUCAUUUAUACACCUCUCUUGAGCUACCUGCGUCUUUAUGACAACCCCUGGCACUGUACUUGUGAGAUAGAAACGCUUAUUUCAAUGUUGCAGAUUCCCAGGAACCGGAAUUUGGGGAACUACGCCAAGUGUGAAAGUCCACAAGAACAAAAAAAUAAAAAACUGCGGCAGAUAAAAUCUGAACAGUUGUGUAAUGAAGAAGAAAAGGAACAAUUGGACCCGAAACCCCAAGUGUCAGGGAGACCUCCAGUCAUCAAGCCUGAGGUGGACUCAACUUUUUGCCACAAUUAUGUAUUUCCCAUACAAACACUGGACUGCAAAAGGAAAGAGUUGAAAAAAGUGCCAAACAACAUCCCUCCAGAUAUUGUUAAACUUGACUUAUCAUACAAUAAAAUCAACCAACUUCGACCCAAGGAAUUUGAAGAUGUUCAUGAGCUGAAGAAAUUAAACCUCAGCAGCAAUGGCAUUGAAUUCAUCGAUCCCACUGCUUUUUUAGGGCUCACACAUUUAGAAGAAUUAGAUUUAUCAAACAACAGUCUGCAAAACUUUGACUAUGGUGUAUUAGAAGACUUGUAUUUUUUGAAACUCUUGUGGCUCAGAGAUAACCCUUGGAGAUGUGACUACAACAUUCACUACCUCUACUACUGGUUAAAGCACCACUACAAUGUCCAUUUUAAUGGCCUGGAAUGCAAAACGCCUGAAGAAUACAAAGGGUGGUCUGUGGGAAAAUAUAUUAGAAGUUACUAUGAAGAAUGCCCCAAAGACAAGUUACCAGCAUAUCCUGAGUCAUUUGACCAGGACACAGAAGAUGAUGAAUGGGAAAAAAAACAUAGAGAUCACACCGCAAAGAAGCAAAGCGUAAUAAUUACUAUAGUGGGAUAAGAUAGAAAUUGUUCUCAUUGCAAUUAGUUUUGUAUUUUCUAUACUGGUGUUAGAAAACAUAUGUUUACAUUUUGAUUAACUGUGUUGCCUAUUUAUGCAGGGUAAUCCAGCUAAAGGAAGCUUUCUUUAAUUAUGCUAAGUAUUAUUGUGACUAUUAUAGUAAUCAAGGGAAUUGUCAUCCUGUUUGCCUGUCCAUUUGUGGAACAGCAUCUGGUGAUAUGCAAUUCCACACUGGUAACCUGAAGCAGUUGGGUCCUAAUGAUGGCAUUAAACUUUCAUAAUGUCCUGUAUAAAUGUUUUUACUGCUUUUUGGAAAUAAAGAAAAAAAAACUUGGUUCAUUUUUA